GAUUACACAAUUUUUUUUUAAUUUCUUAUUUAGGAAGAAAAAGGAAACCUCUGUAAUUUAAGGCCUAAAAAUUGUCUAUAAUGUUGGGCCUACCCAUUUAUGCUGCUGCCUUUCCACUUUCGUCGCAUCUUCCCUGAACCGUCCCAAAAAUCAAGAUCUCAUACAAGAGCAAAACACACGCACACACAAAAAAAACCCCAAACUUCUUCCCUAGUUUCUUCAAAUUCCUCUCAAAAUCUAGUCUUUCUCUGCAAAUAAACAAAGAAUCCAGCCAUGGGAAACACCGAGAAGCUCUUGAACCAGAUCAUGGACCUGAAGUUCACGUCCAAAUCGCUCCAACGCCAGGCGAGGAAGUGCGAAAAGGACGAGAAAUCCGAGAAAUUGAAGGUGAAGAAGGCGAUCGAGAAAGGUAAUAUGGAUGGAGCUCGGAUCUAUGCCGAGAAUGCUAUUCGCAAGCGUACUGAGCAGAUGAACUACCUCCGGCUCGCCUCGCGACUCGAUGCUGUGGUUGCCAGGCUCGAUACCCAGGCUAAGAUGACCACCAUCAACAAGUCCAUGGCCAAUAUCGUCAAGUCACUGGAAUCUUCCUUGGCCACGGGCAAUCUGCAGAAAAUGUCAGAGACAAUGGAUCAAUUCGAGAAGCAGUUUGUGAACAUGGAGGUCCAGGCAGAAUUUAUGGAGAGUGCUAUGGCUGGCUCUACUUCAUUGUCCACACCAGAGGGUGAGGUCAACAGCUUGAUGCAGCAAGUGGCUGAUGAUUAUGGGUUGGAGGUCUCUGUCGGGUUACCGCAGCCAGCAUCUCAUGCUGUCUCAACCAAGACACAGGAGAAGGUUGAUGAGGACGACUUGUCAAGGCGGCUUGCAGAGCUUAAGGCUAGAGGUUAAGAAAAUGGUGGAAUCCAUUUGAAUGAGCUUGUGAUAUAUAAUAACACUAUGAUAUUUGGGAUUAUAACUGCUGCUUGAAGAUCUUAUUCUAUGUAUAAAUUUGAUUGAAUUGGGUUUUACUUUCUGACGUUA